AUGUUUUUGAGCAUCCGGUCAAUUCGUCAUUUCCGGUGUGUGACCUGAGGCGUCCUACAGAUACCGAGGCGCAGGAGACUUGUGUUGCCGUCGCAAGGACAUAUUCAUCAUGGUCUACGAGGAGAAGAUGAUCACCAACGGGGAACCCGACGAGGAAGAGGAGGAAGAGGAGAUGGUGGACCCGUUGGAGACGGUGCGUGAGAAGUGUGAGCAGACUGAGCACUGCGUCCAUACACGGGAGCGCCUGGAGGCGUGCGAGUCCCGGGUGGGCUCGCGCUCCAACACGACAGAGGAUUGCACGGAGGAGCUGUUUGACUUCCUGCACGCCAGGGACCACUGUGUGUCACAGAAGGUCUUCGGUUCCCUUAAAUAAAGCCGCCUGAGCCCUGAUUCCAGCUCUUUCCCUGGCUGCCAGAUCCGUGUUAAAUUGUGAGGAUAAUACCGACAUAACUGAAGAGCCCCCACGUUUUCCUUUGGAAUAUGUUUGGGGGUUUUGUCAGACCCCUGCUGUUGUAUGUGUUUGUGAAUAAAUUCAAGUUCGUAUUAAG